AUGACGACGCGGGAUAAAGGCGACGGUGUGGAGUUGUCCGUAUUGCAAAAGCAAGAGUCGGCCCAGAGCCAGACAGUGAAAGGGAAGGCGCAGCCCGAUGUCGAGGAGAUGCAGUACGAGUUCAAGGACUUCAAAUGGAAGGACCCGUUCACGAAGAAGAAAUAUAUUCCCCACUGGAUCUUCGCUGUCUUGCUCAGCGUGCUUAUCGCGCUCGUCACCAUUAACCACACCAAGAUUGUCGAGGCGUUACGGCCAGCAUCGUUCAAACUCAAGGAGAUGCCCGGCGGCUUUAUCAUUCCGAUCAUCAUCCUCAUCAUUAUUUCGUUCCCCCCCCUCUUCGGCCACGAGAUCAUCGGUCUGCUCGUGGGGGUUGUUUGGGGACUCUGGGUAGGAUUUGCCAUUGUUGCCGUUGGAACAUUUCUCGGUGAAGUCGGAACCUGGUAUGCUUUCAAGUAUGCUUUCCGGAGAAAGGCCAUGAAGCUCGAGAAGACGAACAUCACGUACGGCGCCCUGGCCCGGUUGGCGCGCGACGGAGGAUUCUGGAUCAUCCUGCUGAUCCGGUUCUCGGUCAUCCCGACCCAUAUCUCCACGGCCGUCUUCUCGACCACCGAUGUCAAGUUCUGGCAUUUCGCGAUGGCUACCUUCCUCACCUCCCCCAAACAGAUCACCAUCGUCUACGUUGGAGUGCUCUUGACGCAGGAGAGACAGGAUCCGUUGGUCAACGGCCUCGUGCUCGUGGGUACCCUCGCGGUCACUCUGGUAGCUGGCGUCUACAUAUACAUCCGGAUGCGCAACAUCAAGAAAGACAUGCGAGAACAGCAGGAGGCCAAGCUGGCCGAGAAGAAGAACGAACAGGAGCGACAGGCGCAACUGGAGCGACAGGCUCAAGAACCGCAAAAAUACCAACCGCCGCAGCAAUAUCCGCCGCAGGAGGUCGAUCAGUAUCGACCCACGGAGCCUGCGUCUUUCUGA